AUGGUUGCCUCCAGCGUCGUUGGCCUGUUGACUGUCCUCGCACAGAUGUGCGUCGUCAACGCCGCAGUGGAAGUAAACGUCGACGUCUCAGCAUACACGAGCGAAGCCGAGUCAGACUGGACCGCGGUGUACUAUUCCUCUCGCAAGCCUCUUCUCAUCGGAAACGAUGGCGGGCCCGACAAGGGAGGAUUCCACGUCUACGACCUUGAGUCAAAGUCUCCUCUGAAGGAGGUGACUGCGCGCACGCCUGGCCGCAGCAAGCUCGUCACGACGGUGUAUGAUGUCGAUGACAAGGAUCUGCUCGUCACCAUCGCGCAGCCGGAUUCGGUGGUGCGCGUUUUUGAGAUGCCUGAUUUUAAGCAGAUCAAGGAUGCAGACUUCAAGGUGCUUGGGGAUUGGUCUGCGCUGUGCUCAUGGAAGAGCGAUGCUGGCAAUGACUACGUUUAUCUCUUUGGAAAGGGUCAGGCGGUUCAGCUGCUCCUCAGAAAGACCAAGAAGUCGGUCGAGCUGCUCGAGGUAGGCAUUUCACAAAAGAACGAGAGAGCUUCGCUGAUACAUCCAGUUUCCCGCUCAGAGUCAAAGAUGUACCUCUCUGUUGAUGAUGACAAAGAUGUCUACGUCUUCCCGCUCAAGGAGUCGACAAAGGCCCCGGAAAUCACCAAGUUUGGCGAGGCAGAAGACGACGUGACGGGUGUCGCAACCUACGUCCCCAAGAAGGGAUCCGACUACCUGUUUGUCGCCCAGAAGGACAAGGUGGCCGUCUAUGACAGCUCCUUCAAGCUCAAGGGCACCUUGACAUUGACCGGAUACGAGGACAUUGAAGUCCAGGGUCUCAACAUCUACCAGGCUUCCACCUCCAAGUAUCCUGCUGGCGUUCUCACCUACGCUAUCGAGUCGGAGGAAGUCAACGGCUUUGGAGUCACCUCGCUCGACAAGGUCCUCAAGAAGCUCGGAAUUUCUGAAAACACAAAGUAUGACCCGAGAAAGGUCAAGACGAACCCUGAGAAGGAGCCCAUCUGCCGUACGUGUGAUAACAGCGGAUACUGCCUCAAGGAUCGAAAGCAAAAGUGUGAGUGCUUUGCUGGAUUUACUGGCAGCAAAUGCGACAAGUAUACCUGCGUCGAUAAGUGCUCUGGUCAUGGGAAGUGUGUUGGCCCCAAUGAGUGCAAGUGCAAUAAGGGAUGGGGAGGUCUUCACUGCUCGUUCCUCCUCAUUGAGCCAACCUACGAGACCGAGUCGCGUCUUGGAGACGGCGAUGACCCGGCCAUUUGGAUCUCGCCCGAGUCGCCUGAAAAGUCCCGCGUCGUGACGACCAUGAAGUCGGGCAAGGAGGCUGGUCUUGGCGUCUUUGAUCUGGCUGGUAACCUUCUCCAGUCGUUCCCCGCAGGUGAACCAAACAACGUCGACAUUAUCUACGGCUUCCAAGCGGGAGAUCGCAAGGUUGAUCUUGCGUUUGCUGCGUGCCGAGAAGAUGACACUCUCUGUCUGUUUGAGAUGCUACCAAACGGAACCCUGGCCAGUAUCCCUGGAGGCAUCCAUCCCGUCGUCGAAGAUUACAGCGUCUACGGCUCUUGCACGUACCGCUCCCCCAAGACCGGAAAGCAGUAUCUAUUCGUCAACGAAAAGUCUGCCCGGUAUCUCCAGUACGAGUUGACGUCCACCUCCGAGGGAGAACUCAAGACAGAACUUGUACGAGAGUUCCAAGGCGGUAGCGGUGGCCAAGUCGAGGGAUGUGUCACGGACGAGGAGAACGGUUGGAUCUUCCUCGGAGAGGAGCCUUCUGCUCUUUGGAGAUACGGCGCUGAGCCUGACUCCAAGGAUGAGGGUGUAGUUAUCGGAAAGGUCGGCGAUGGAACUCUUUACGGCGAUGUCGAAGGCGUGACGCUCGUCUACGGCUCCAAGCCCAACGAAGGCUUCAUUCUCGUCUCAUGCCAAGGCGUGAGCGCAUACAACGUCUACCGCCGCGCCGAACCUCACGAGUACGUCACGACUUUUACUCUAGUCGAGUCCUCUGACGGCAAGAUUGACCCCGUGAGCAACACGGAUGGCAUCACUGCCGUCGGAGCCGCUCUCAACAAAGACUUUCCUCACGGCCUAGUUGUGGUGCACGAUGAUGCGAACCAGCUUCCGGAUGGAAAGACGAGUGCUGAGGCCAGCUUCAAGAUGAUUAGUUUGGAAAAGAUUCUGGGGUCAAAGGUUUUGGGCAAGAAGGGGUUGUUGGAUCAGGUUGAUAAGAACUGGGAUCCGCGCAAGUAGUCGAGGUAUGGGUUAAAAGUCCAGAGCAAGCAAAGUAUUCACGACUUAUUUAAGAGUGAGGCUGAUGA